AUGUUACCCUACGUAAUAUUGCUCCUAGCGAGCGCAAUAGCGAACGGGUUAAAUUUGGACUAUUUGGACCCAGUUAAACUGCAAACCAAGACCCCAGCAAGUGAUCAACAACAAGCUGCUUCUGCAAUUAUCGCAAAAUACAGUAACCAAGUGACAGUGGAAGUGAACCCAAUCUUAUUUCACGACAAUAAAGAUGUAUUUUCUCUGCGCACGUCGCAAGGUAUGCUGCGCAUCAGGGCGAGUUCUGGUGUCGCUGCAGUUUGGGGCUUCAAUUACUAUCUGAAGAAGUAUUGCAAGAGCCAGAUCGCAUGGCAGACGCAAAGGGUAGCAAUACCCGAUCCUCUGCCUGAGGUUGACGAAUUCAUCGUAGCGAGCGAUCGAUUUCGUUACUAUCAAAAUGUUUGCACCACAUCUUACAGCUUCGUCUGGUGGGACAUAAAUGACUGGAAUAAUCACGUGGAGUGGAUGGCUCUUAAUGGCAUCAACUUGGCUCUUGCUCCCGUCGCGCAAGAAGCAGCAUGGGCGCGUGUUUACCAAAACCUAGGAAUGAACAAAGCCGAUAUUGAUCAACACUUCACUGGCCCUGCCUUUCUGGCUUGGCUGAGAAUGGGCAAAGUACGUGGUUGGGGCGGACCAUUACUGCAAUCUUGGCACGAAAGACAGAAAAAUAUCCAGGAUUCAAUUGUAGACUACAUGUACCGACUUGGAAUAAUACCAGUUUUUCCCGCAUUCAAUGGACAUGUACCAAAAGCGAUUAAAAGGAUUUACCCGAACGCCACUUUACACACCGUGGAAACAUGGAAUAAGUUCAGUGAUAGCUAUUGUUGUGAUUACUUCGUAGACCCUAACGAUCCGCUGUUCAACACUAUAGGUAAAAUGUUUUUAAGAGAAAUAACUGCUGGUACAGCCUCGGAUCAUAUUUACACCGCUGAUCCUUUUAAUGAAAUAAAGAUUGGUGGAUGGUCAACAGACUUCGUUAGAGAUACGGCGAAAGCUGUGUUUCUAGCGAUUAAUCAGUGUGAUAAUAAAGCUGUGUGGUUAAUUCAAAAUUGGAUGUUCGUCCACGAUCCGAUAUUAUGGCCUAAAAAUAGAGUUGAAGCAUUUCUCACAGCUGUACCGAGAGGGCGAAUGUUGGUUCUAGACUUGCAGUCAGAGCAAUGGCCGCAAUAUUAUCUCUAUGAUAUGUACUUCGGCCAACCUUUUAUUUGGUGCAUGUUACAUAACUUUGGUGGCACAUUGGGAAUGUUCGGUAGUGUACAGACAAUCAAUAAUGCAGUGUACGAAGUCAGGAAUCGCGUCAACACUACAAUGAUUGGCAUCGGUCUGACUCCGGAAGGUAUCAAUCAGAAUUAUGUUGUAUACGACCUUAUGCUAGAAGCAGGUUGGCGGAAAAAACCAAUACAAGAUUUGGAUGCGUGGGUGGCUGAUUACGCUGAAAGAAGGUAUGGUUGCAAUGACACAGCCGAUGUUUGGAAACUGCUACUGCAUAGCGUUUACAAUUUUGAAGGGCUGAACAGAAUGAGAGGUAAAUACGUUAUCACCCGCAGACCUAGUUUUAAAAUAAAGCCUUGGGCAUGGUAUAAAAGCAAAGAUCUGUUUGACGCUUUCAAAAAAAUCGUUUUCGUUGUAAAUGAAAAUUGUUAUUCUCCUGGAUUCAAUCACGAUCUUGUUGAUAUUACUAGACAAGCGUUGCAAUACCGUGCAGAGCAAUUAUACAUAAAUAUGUUAGACAGCCGAUAUGGUAAUACUUGGGUGUAUAACGCUACCGUAAGCCAGUUUCUAGAUGUGAUGCAAGAUAUGGAGAGCAUUCUUGCUACGAACUCAGACUUCACUAUAUCAAAUUGGUUAUCAAAAGCAACAAGUAUGGGUAAAUCCGAAGAGGAAACAUUCUUUUAUGAAAUGAAUGCCAGAAAUCAAAUAACUCUAUGGGGUCCUAACGGUGAAAUAACGGAUUACGCGUGCAAGCAAUGGGCAGAGGUUUUCCGCCAUUACUAUAUUCCGAGAUGGUCUCUAUUUUUGGCGGCAUCAGUCGAUGCUAAGGCUAGAAAUGAAGUAUUCGAUGAAAAGAGAACACAGAGUGUGGUUAGGGCAACAGUUGAAAAACAAUUCUUAUAUGUAGAUAUUCAACCUUCAAUCAAUGGAGAUAGUCACGUUAUAGCACGGAAACUUUUCGAGAAGUGGGCAUAUGCCCCAGAUAUGGAUGAUUUACCGUUAAAUGUUAUACCGCGUGAAAAUAAUCAACAUACCACAUUAGCAGACGUUGGUGAAGAAGAAAAUAGACUAUCUGGAUCUCCAACACAUUGGGUACGCAACCCCAUGAGACCUAGAGGUGGUCUCAUGUUGCCCCCGUGGGAGAUGCAUAGGUUUGCUUAUAGAAGAGAAGGAGACGGGGACGGUACAAAGACAGAAAGAAGGGAGGAGAAGAACAUAUUACACCGAUAUAAAGAUAGAAGCUUAGUACCUAUUCUUCGUCGCAAUAAAUAA